CAGAACGAGUUUAGAUUCAGACAGUCAGCGCUAGUUAUAGAAUAGUAUAGUAUUGCGUAACUCCUCCGUUGAAGACGCUAUAGUCCCGAUUUGCAGAUUGUGCGCUUAUUCUUAGAUGUGAUUCGAAUGCAUUGACUGCAAUACUCCGUGCUUUACGAGCGGAAAAAUUACUGUGACCGAGCGUGUUCGGGUUAUUUCAAGAGCGCUUUUGGGAUAUAUCUACCGGGCUGCUUUGAAUUUGGGUCGAAUCAGCGAGCAAUCAUGUUGUGGAAACUAGCUGAUAACGUCAAAUACGAAGAUGACUGCGAGGAACGGCACGACGGCAGCAACAAUGGGAACCCUCGGCUUCCACACUUGUCAGCGGUGAGCCAGCACCUCUACAGCCCGGCUCCCCAGCUCUCUCAUUCGGGCAGCUCGGAUUUCCAGCCCCCUUACUUUCCUCCACCAUACCAGCCGCUUUCAUACGCCCAAUCCAGCGAUCCCUUUUCCCACUUGGGAGAUCCGUUUUCCAUCAAUUCUCUCCACCAAUCGGGCCCGCCAGUGCCUAAUCAGCAGCAAGGAUGGCCCAGCAGACAGAACCAAGACCAUUCGGGGAUUGGGCGCUCCGGUCUGGCCAGUCAGAUACUCGGACUGGAGUCGGGCUCAAUCAGCGGGAGAAGAGAGGCAUUCCGCCGGCCGGAACUUCUACUGCCCCAUGGUCACCAGAUUGAUUCGGGGAUCAUCGGAGAGAGCAUGGGACUGCAUGACAUUGGGCAAAGCAUGGACGACGUGCAGCAUGUGGAUGAUAAUAGCAUCGUGAUGGCAGACCAGACAGUAAUUAAAAAAGUAUUAGGAAUGAGAAGUGGCACGAGUCAGGAUCGUAUUCGGAGGAGUUAUUUUGGGAGUGGCUUUCUUGCUGGUGAGGAUGAAGGCCCGGUGACUCUGUCGAAGGGGAAUGCCCUCAUGAACCCUUAUCAGAAGGAGGGCUUGCUGGGGAUGGUAUCGAACCCCACCGAGGUGUUCUGCUCUGUGCCUGGCCGCCUCUCCCUGCUCAGCUCCACCUCCAAGUACAAGGUGACGGUGUCCGAGGUUCAGCGCCGCCUGUCCCCACCGGAGUGUCUCAAUGCCUCCCUGCUGGGAGGGGUUCUCCGCAGAGCAAAAUCCAAAAACGGGGGCCGCUCCUUGCGGGAAAAGCUGGAUAAAAUCGGUCUGAACCUCCCUGCCGGCAGACGGAAGGCAGCGAAUGUCACGUUGCUGACAGCACUGGUAGAAGGUGAGGCUGUGCACCUGGCCCGUGACUUCGGCUACGUCUGCGAGACGGAGUUCCCUGCCAAGGCCAUGGCCGAGUACCUGGGCCGCCCGCAUGUGGAACGCAACGAGGUCAACAAUCGCAAGAACAUGCUGCUCGCCGCAAAGCAGAUCUGCAAAGAGUUCACAGAGGUGCUGACCCAAGACCGAUCUCCGCUGGGGAACUCCCGGCCCGUGCCCAUCCUGGAGCCCGGGAUCCAGGGCUGCCUGACUCACUUCAGCCUCAUCACCCAUGGCUUCGGAGGACCCGCAAUCUGCGCUGCCAUGACCUCCCUGCAGAACUACCUGAACGAGGCGCUCAAGCAGGUGGACAAAAUGUACCUGAGCUCCGGGAGCGAGCAGCAGGGCUCCUCGGACGGCAGCAAAUCUGUAGAGAAAAUGGACAAGCACCGGAAGUGAGCUUCCAGAGGAGAGGGAGGGGGGCGUGGGGUGGGUUGCACCUUAACAUUUCCCACAUCCUAAAUUUUUUUUCAUUUUAUUUUAAUAUUUUUUACAUGUAUGCCUCUUAACCUGCAACUUUUCUCCUAAGCCACUUUUUACAUUUUAUUUUGUAACACCCAGCUUCCCUUUCCGACCUCCCCCGGCGGUACUUUUUUUAUUUGUAUUUUUUGAAAGAGGUGGUCUUACCUGCUGGAAAUGAGUAAGAACUCCUGCAGAGGUGCAGGGGUGCCAUUUUUUUGUCGAAGAGGAUCGGUACGCUGCUUGAAGGAACAGGAGGAUUCAGCAGCAGCCUGUUGCUGUCCUGCGUUGUGUGAGAAUGCUUUGCUAGAUGAAGUUGCUGCCACUGGACACUGGGCUGAAUACACACAACUAGCGAGCAGUCUAGACAGUCUGUGCCAUUUUAACUGCAGUGGACAUUGUACGAGGGCAGCAGCUGGCGUUUUUUAACACUAGGCAUCACUACAGUACAGUUAAAGCAGUGUUUUAUUGGUAGAGUGUUGGGGUGGGGAAGCUAGCUUUCAGUUCACAAAAAAUCAUGGAAAUCUAUCCACCAGCUUUGUCUUCACUCUCCAACCGACCAAUCUGUUCAUGCUGAAUGGCCGCUCCUUUCACAUGAUUUAUAUUUUUUGUUUUUUUUUUUGGCUGAAAGCAGCGUUUUCUCUUUUCCGAACGGACAGUGCACAAUAACAUGCAAAACAAGUGGGGCAAGCAAGAAAGCCACAAACACGUGAAACAAGCAAACAAAUAACUUUAGCACAAGUGUCCCCAUGCAAGAAGAAACAAUAGCACAAGGGGAGCCAUGCAAGCUGUAAAAAGCAGAAAUGAGUGCACAAGACAGACAGUUGCAGAGUCAUGCAAACUGUGCAUUAAACCUGCCCAAUCCAUUUCAGGGGUCAGACCUGUGAACAUAAAGGCACAUUAUUGUUGGUUUCAUCAUCAUCAUUAUUAUUAUUAUUAUUAUUAUUGUUAUUAAGUUUUAAAAAAAAAAAAGGUACUCUUGGAAUUUUUUUUUUUUUCUUGAAUGUAAAUAUUCUUAUUUAUGUUGUAAUUUAAUGGGAUUUGUAAAUACUGGUGAUUUAAUGCUUAACUUCAAAAAAAAAAAAGUUUUAAUUUUGUAAAUGGGUUUCAGCUCUUUAUUUAGAAGAAAUGUGAUCGGUUAUGAUGGGAUGCUGAGAAGUUUCGUGUUAAUGUUCAUGCAAAGGUAUCUUUUAAAAUAAAAUGAAAUAAAACAGGGUAAUUUUAAA